CGACAACACCAUGCUUUCAAUAUACAUUGUAUCCCUAAUUUACUCAAGUGUGUACUUUAUUUAGGCAGUUAGGCCUAUCUGUAAAUGGACUUUGGAGGUAUCGUUCGAGUCGCAACAAAAUGGAGUAACCCCUAGCCUAACGUUGUGGAUGAAGUUCGAAAUUACACAAUUUCAUGUGUAAGACAUCUGAAGACCUGCGUCACUAGACUGAUCGCUUUGCAGUUUCUAAAAUUACAUAUUUGGGUGUUUUUGGAGCGUUCAUGGUUUUUUUCGGGGCCCAAAACUACACAUCUAGGAUGAGGAAGUGAUUUGCUGUUUGGGGUUCACCAGCUCCCUCUUCAGGAUGGCCAGUCAGCGCUAAGCUAAGUAGUCGGGUGUAGCAGGCUUGACUGGAGGUAGAGGUGCCAGAGGCACCAUGGGAGAUGGAGGAGCCCUCCAUACGGAGGGGAACGCCCUUCUCAAAGCCGUCUUCCAGGGCAAGCUGCGACUGACCAGGCUCCUCCUGGAAGGGGGAGCCUACAUCAACGAAGGCAACGAGCGGGGCGAGACCCCCAUCUCUGCUGCCUGCCUGGCUGGCUACGAGGACCCCCAGAGCCGCCAGAGGAUGGUGCGCUACCUCCUGGAGAAAGGAGCCGAUCCCAACAUCCCAGACAAGUCUGGGCGGACCGCCCUGAUGCAUGCCUGUGUCGAGCAGGCAGGCAAAGAGGUGGUGUCCCUGCUCCUAGAAAAUGGAGCUGACCCCAGCCUCAAGGACUACACAGGCUCCUCCGCCCUGGUCCAUGCCAUCAACAGAGGUGACCGAGACACCCUCCAGGUCCUGCUGGAUGCCUGCAAGGCAAAGGGCAAGGAGGUGAUCAUCAUCACCACCGACACGUCACCCUCGGGCACCAAGAAGACCAAGCAGUACCUCAACUCCCCGCCAUCACCAGGGGUGGUGGACAAGCUCUCGCCCGUGGCCUGCAUGUCGCCCUCAGAGGUGGCAAUCCAGACCUCCAAUUCCCCAGCAGCAGAGAAGGCUGAGGAGGAGGACAGUAUCUUCAGCUUUGCGUUGACAUCAGCUUUACCCCUACCCUCCAAUAGAACCCUAGGGGAGAAAAGGACGCCCCCCCGCAAACUCCUGAAGAGGCUCAACUCGGAGCCUUGGGGACUGGUAGCACCCUCAGUGCUCAGCAGGGUCCCACAGGAGGAGGUUGAUGGUGGACUGGAGGAGGAAGGUGGGGGUAGGAUCAUCACUGAGAUGAAUGGUCUGUCAAUCUCGGGUCCUGGCAGGCCUCUCCUGUCUCGUCGGCACAGCAUCGAAACACACGACCCCUGCUCACCCAAACUCAUUGACCGAUCCUGCUCAGAGGACUGUGCAGCCCUUUGUAGCUCCUCCUGGGCCGACAAGGUCCAACAGCACCAGAUCCUGUACCGCAGGAACACCGCGCCUGAGUCUCAGGAAAAUACAGGCGGACCAGGGGUGGUGGCUUUACGUGCCUUGGCUCACCCCAAACUUACCCGUAUGGAGCACUAUGAGUCAGACACACACCUGUGUCCUGAGUCCAUCCCUGGAUCUCCAGACUCGGGGCGCGUGUCGGUGGAGCGGAGGAAGUACAACGCCUCGCCCCUCUCUCUGCUCACCACCUCCUCCCGGGAGUCCCUUGAGAGCAUCCCCAAUUCUGUCUCCCCCAUCACCUUGCGCAGACGGCCCCCCGGCCUCCUAGAGCGUAGAGGCUCAGGCACCCUGCUCUUGGACCACAUCUCCCACACCCGCCCUGGGUUCUUGCCCCCACUCAAUGUCAACCCCCACCGGCCCAUCCCAGACAUCCGGGCCAAUGGCAAGCCCACUUCCCCCAUCCACUCUGGUCCCAAGAUCCUGGUUCCAGUUGCCCCUGCCUCACCCAAGAGAGGCCCAGACUUCAAGAUGAAGAAGAAACUGAUGAGGAGGCACUCCAUGCAGACAGAACAGAUGAAGCAGCUCUCCACCUUCCAGGAGAUCCUGACAGAGAAGGUCAUUGAGUCCAACGGGGACUGAGACUUAAAAGGACAUGUGAGGGCAAGUUAGGGGGUACAGUGGUGGAUCUAUCUAGUUAGUCCACCAUUUUCCUAUACCAGUGCUUAAACCAGGACUACUAACGUGAAUUUGGCUCAUUCAGAGUGAGACCUCAGUCCCAUCCUUGUUCUGUGUCGAGUGCAGAUAGUUAUUUUUAUUUUUAGGUGACCUAUUUUAUUUUGUUGUGUUUCCUUUCUGUGCUGUCACAGAAAGCUGGUUGAUUGAGUAAUACGGUUUACAGAAGAUGUUCUUCUCAUUUUUCCUCAAAUUAUUUAUUAAUAUACGCGUUUGCAGUCAACAGAAAUGGAAACAUAUUUCUGUGUUUUUAGAUGUUUACACACUGCAAAAUGUGUACCAGUGUCUUGCCUAUUGUUCCGUGUGCUGAAGACAUUUUCAUCCCCUCUGAAAUCAGUCACCUUAUCUAUCUAUGACACUUUAGGUCGAAAGAACAAAUCAACAGUAGAGAUGCUAGCAACAGCUUACCUUGAAUUGUUAUUCUGAAUGUGCCGUCUUCCCGAUUUUCAAUUCUUGUAUUAGCUGCUUUAAAACAUCAAACUUCAACCUAAAAUACUCUUAUGUUGAUGGGUAUGUUUCGGGGAGAAUGAUGCUGCAUUCCAUGAAAUACUUUUCAAGACAUAUUGCUUGAAGAUUUCACUGUCAUUGUAUUGUUGCUGUUAUCUACUUUCACUGUAUUUAUUUGCCUUCACCUUUUAAUCCCUUGAUAUUUUGUGUUUUAGAGAGCAAUUUUGGCUAUAUGGUCGAACCACACGCCUGACUUACCCUGACGACUACAGUGGGAUCAACAUGUGGGACCCUUUAUGAGUAUCACACUGUAAUAAUGUUAUUAUCAAUUGAUAAAAAAAAAAAAAGUCAAUUGAAUGGCAAUUUCAUACAAAAUUCCAAAGAAAUCCCAUGAAUGCAUGAUUGUUUUCAUUGAAGUGUGUGAAUGCUGUAAGAUGGCUUUUAGAAGAAUUAACCUCAAAUAAUUGCACAUUGGUGCUAUGCGUUUCCAUAUGGAAAGAGCUCCUAGCACAUAUUAACUGUAAAUAAUGUAAAGAUAAGACAAACCUAAUUUGCUCAUGAAAUAUGUCCAUGUGCAAUAUGCUGUACUGUAAUGUCAAUGGAUUUCCUUCAUCUAUGGUGGACGUGAAGUUGUCUUUAUAAAUUGACAUUGAAAGCAAUCUGAAGCCCUUCUUAACAUUUACUGUACACCUGAUUUGCCAAAAGGGAGAGUGUGAGGCUCACAGAACUAACAUUUACAGUUACUUAGACAUUUAGAUUGUCACUUUUAAAUAAUUCAAUUUGUAUAGGGUGAGAUUUAAGAAAAUGAUUACCAAGCUUACAAUGUGACUGCUUGUUCUGCUUCCAUUUGAAAUAUUUGUCUUUAAUGAAAUCAUGUUUAUAUGCUACAUGGUUUAGUAUUGACAUCCUGUUGAUUGAACUGUAUGUUGGUUACUUGAAGUUUAAGAGAAAUACAAACAAAAAAUACAUAUUUUUGUAUGCCUGUUAGGAAAUAGAAAAGUAAAUUCUAAUAUGUAAUCUAUUUUCACGUUUGAACUUGAUUGUAAUUUGAUUGUGGAAUAAAUAUUUGUUAAAUGUUCAUAAGUGAAU